CUUCCGUCCGUUGUCCAACGUCCUCGUUCCUGUCUUACUGUCUACCAUUGCAAAAUUGCUAUUUAUGUAGAUACAAAGCGGAAUAUUUGACAGAUGUAACUAUGUCGGAGGACCGAACGCGGGCGAAUUGUCGGAAAGGGACUGUAAGUUGUACCGAGUGCAGACGCCGUAAAGUCCGUUGCAUCCGCAGCCCGGAGGAUGCGCCAACCUGCCGGAGGUGUGAAGAACGAGGAUCGACCUGUAUUGCACAGCUAUAUAGUUCUCGACCUCGAAACGCACAAAGAGUGUCGUCACGAUAUCGCAUAUCCCAAUUAGAAUCACAAGUUGCUGGUCUGAGCAAGAUUGUUCAUGAUAUUGGGCUGAGUAUUGGGCAUCAGCCUACUCAAAUACCGAAACCUGCCCACUCUCCAAGUUCCAGGGUGGAUGAUGACUCCGACGAUGAUUCAAGCGUCUCAGACGUAAUCAUCACUGCAGACCCACCAUCGCAUCUUCGUUCGCUCUUUCAAAACGACUGGCUGAGUGUAGAUACUCGUCAGCAGAAUGAACAGCUGCAGGAUCGCAAGGCAAAGGCCUCUGUACAUUUACUAGAUGCAGCAAGGCAUGAGCUGCAGAAGUUGAUUCCACAAAAAGACGAGGUUAUCGAGGUUGCCAGGUCAGCAUCUAAGUGGCUUGGACUGAUAGUUGCCCUGCUUCCCCAACCAUUCGCGAUAGAAUCUGGACGCGAAAUGGUCGAACUCUAUGACGAGAUGCACAAGCCAGACGCUGACGCCAUCUGUCUUGGCUCAUGGCUCCUUACCAUUGCUAUUGCUAUUCAAGAGAUGCCAAACGCCAGCCACCUAAGCUUUUCCCGAGCAGUGUCUGACAGAGUGGAGAGCACGAUUCUAUCUCAUGACGGAUUGAUAUGCACACUUGCGGGCCUUGGAAUGGCCUUAAAUUUUUGUCGACUCCAAAUUAGCCAUGGCAAUUUCCAAAAGGGAUGGCUCAAAUUACGGCAUUAUAUAUCGAUUGCGGAGCUUAUGGGACUGCCGAGGUCAUCCGAAGCGUAUCAGCUUAACGGAUCUACUGGACGAGACAACGACGAGACGCAGCUCCAAAGAGCUCAGAUGUGGGAAUCGCUAUGUUCUGCUGAAGGCCUGUUUGGGAUGAUAGUUAAUCUCCCAUGUGCUAGUCAAUACCAGCAGUCAUAUUCCCCGCCCUUAGCUAUCGAUGGUGUUAUUCAACCCCGGGCUUACCUUAUCAGAUUAAUGAACAUCUCCACGAAAAUUCAAUACCGAGAUGCUGAGCUAUAUGCAUCGACGCUAGAACUCGACAGACAGCUCAAUGUGCUUGUUUCACAGGUCCCAAAGUCGUGGUGGGCUAUUAGCUCCGGGAAGCUUCAAUCUGAGCAUGUUGUCCAGUUUCUACAUUACUGUGUCAAGAUGAGGAUUCAUUUGUCCUUUGCAAUGCGACGGGACACUGGUGAUGAGUAUAUUUACAGCCGCCUGGCCUGUAAAGACGCAUGCGAAUUUUCGGUGGAACGUUACCAAUUUCUACGUCAAGCGCUACCUUCGAACAUCUUUAUUUCCCAGGCCUUGGAUUUACAAGCAUUCACGGCUACAGUUGUUAUUAUUCUCACGUCCUACAGCCUGCGAGAUCGUUUAAGCGGGCGGAUUAAUAGCGCAGUUGCGCUAGUCAUCCACAUCAUGGAGGAAAGGUCCAGGAAGUCUUUUGGGUUUGACUUCGCCUUGUGUGGGGCCUCGACAAUUCGCUCUUUGAUGAAGUUACUCCAAGAUGACAAGAUUUCUGGUUUACAGGAAUUAACACUGAGGGUUCCACUCCUUGGAAAAGUUCACGUUCGACGAAAUAGUCAUGGGUCGAAAAAGGCAGAAGCGCAGUUCACUCCCCAAGAUCAAGGGCUUCCACUCCUGACCUCCAUCCCUCCAGCACAAGGAGAAUAUCAAUGGGACUCUCUAUCGUGGUCUAUAGACGACCGCUACGAGGACUUCUUCCAAGCUGCUCUUAAUGCAGGGAGUUUUGAUCAAUUUGCCAUGUGGGAAAAUGGCUAUAACACCUUUUAAUCUAUCAAACUUGACAUAGAUAUAAGCCAAUCGUCAACACAUAUAGCCCUAUAGGUGAACGAAGUUUUCACCUUUCACAUCUAUACCGGAUCACAAUAAUAGGGGAACGGGUAGGAUUGUAAAUAGCAAACUAUGUGUAUGUUACAGAUAUAAUGGUCGCUUCUAUUGUAGGUAGGUAUAGUAGCUAUAGGCACCCUCUAUAUAGUUCCGCAACCGAGUAGCUAGCACAUACAACCAUACACUUAAGCGAAC